AUGUCAAAACCAAACACGGCCUACGAUAUCGCGAUCGCCCUGCUACAGGAACGCCUGGAAAUCAGGAGGAAAUGGACCCGUGAUUGCCAGCAAGAGACGAGUGACCUGAUGGAUCUGAAAUUGCCAGGGCUAAACCCCAGCUUAAUCUUGGGUGGCGAUGACACUCGUGGGGCCUUAAGGACAAUCGAUUCAGUAGCCAUGAUUCAACCUCGGUAUCAGGACAAUAUUUGGCUUUGGUUCAGGCUUCCCUUUCAAGUCUACCGAGCAGGUGACGAAAGGCUUCCGGAGACCGUGAGAAAGGAGCUGAAGUAUGAUACGGAUGAUUGGAUUCUAUUCAACGAAAAGCACCUCCGCUCCCUGUCCAUUAUACGACGUCAUCCAGCUAUCACCCACUGGAUGUAUGGAGUAGUUUGGAUCGAGGAGCUUUCGCAAUGCCUUAUCGCCGAAGAAAUUUGCCUGCUGACAGAUACAGCUGCAGAACAGAGCAUCGCUCUUCAAGUGACACGCAGUUCCAUUGAUUCCAUUCCUGGAUAUUCGAUAACCAAUAAUGUUUUGGAUGGACUACAAUGGGACCAUGUCAUUGUCGCUGGUGGCAUAGUUCUCGGAACUCUGCUCUGUCCUUCAAUCGCGAGCGAGAUUCGUGACACCGCUACCGCUAAUACGAUAGAAGAGUGGCAAAGUUCAGACUUGGAUGUCUAUAUAUACGGACUGGGACCGGAAGAAGCCAACGAAAAGAUCCGACAUAUUUCAUCAGUGUAUCAGAGAAACCUCCCCCCAGGCUUCCCAUUUCUCGUCGUCCGAAACUCGCAGACUGUUACCUUGUACUCCAAAUGGCCUAGACGGCAUGUCCAGAUAAUACUAAAGCUUGUCCUAACUCCGGUAGAUGUGCUGCUUAACUUCGAUUUGGACAUAUGCUCCGUUGGAUACAAUGGAGAACAGGUUUUCAUGCUGCCAAGGUUGUUCAAGUAUGCAGACAAGGGAUAUGGUCUGCGCUUUCCUCCCUCUUAUAUUUCAGCGUUGGGCCACGAUCCACAAUGGACCGCGAAUUGCCUGGAUUUUUACCUUCGUAUGUUAGGGAUGCAGCACCGACUGGGCCAGCGCCCAACCUAUUCCCAUGCUCAGCUUAACAGCCAGAUGUCUGGCGUCUUACCCCGCUCCAAUUGUCUUCACAGUUUUGCCUUAUUUAUGAGACAUGUCAGUCUUUGGGAACUAGGCUUCAGAGGAACAAUCACGCUAAGCAACAACAAUAUGGCUGCCAGUUCGUAUAGCCAGACUCGUGCACUAGAAGAUUUUGUCUACGAUGAUUCACCCCCCUUGCCGUGGGAUGAAAACUUUGAGCUCGAAGCCUUUCGUUCAUCUAUUGACGCCUUUAAUAGUCAAGAAACCGAAGCCUUCCUCGAAACCUUUCAUUGGUAUUCAGACCUCGAGCGCUAUCCCAGCCUUGGGGAGCAACUUCGAACGAAGGAAGAAAUCACGGCCGUUCGAGUGACCUGCACUGACGAAGUAGCAGAAGUAUUCGAUGAAAGUCAAGAUCUCAUUUUCCCCCUGAUUGUCGAGAAAAAUUUUCUGCGCUUUGUCAAUGAAGUAAUUCUGGUCGCUCUGGAGCGAUCAGGAGUCUCCGAUGUUGAUGCUUCGGAUAAGUGCAUGCGGGCUUUAACCCCGGUUCAUAUAGACUAUGGCCGGGACCGAAAGACUCGUCAGGAUAAUCUUGAAAUUAUUUGUCUUUGGCGCCUGAACCACAUCUCCAACUGGCAGAUGAUGGAUAACGAAAUGGACGAAAUCCGGGAGAUCUUGUGGUUUUUCCAGCGCAGCAAUCAGCUGGUCGAUCGAAAGAGAGUCAUGUCAAUGGAAUCCCCUGACGCUGUCAAGCGUGCGCUCGACGACGAUCGAAGAAUCUACUCUACUCUCCGAAGCGACUUGGAGGAAUUCGUCAAAUGGGUUUCUGCUCCUGUAGCCAGAUCCGAAGCCUUUACGUAUCGGAGUUCCCCGGAGUCACACUAG